UUAAAUUGAUUCAUUAUAAAUCUUUGCGUAGAACAUGGAUAGCCAAGACUCAGGAGAUGUCCUCACCUCCAUGAUCCAGUUUAUUAACAAUCAUGGAGAAGAACAAGCUGAACAACUCAAAAGAGAAGCCGAACAAGAAUUCACAAUUGAAUGCGAGAAAAUCAUUGGAAACGAAAAAGACAGGCUCGAUAAGAUAUUCGAGUCGAGACUUGAGCAAGAAGGUGUCGAAAUGAAGAUCAAGCAGUCCAAAGCCAGAAACACCCAGAGGAUCAAGAAGAUGGUCGAGAGGAACAAGUGGGCCGAAGAAGUCUUCAAAGACGCCCAGACCAGACUCCAAGAAAGAAUGGCCGAAAACACAGAUGAGUACAAAGAACUUCUGAAAAACCUUAUUGUCCAGUCGCUCAUCAAGCUUAUGGAGACCAACGUCAAGGUUAUGUGCAGACAAUCUGACGAGGAACUAGUUACUGAGGUUCUUGAUGAAGCAGCUCAGACAUAUAAAGACCUUAUGAAGGAUAACGUGAAAAUGCUAAAUGGGGCAGAGCCUCCAUUGAACAUUCAGAUCGACCCCAAAAAGUACCUUCCUGAAUAUAACCCAGAUAAUCCUUCUGCAAGUUGAUCUGGAGGUGUCAAGCUUCAUGCAAGAAAGGGAAGAAUUGUUAUCUCAAAUACGCUUGAUGACAGGCUUGGCCUCUGCUAUCAAGAGUCUACUCCUAAGAUUAGAAAGCUACUUUACCCAAGUUAUUAAGAGAAGGAGUCUUCAAUA